ACCACGCGUGGCCUCUCUCAGAUUUCUCUCUGAUAACGGAUUUGAUUGGAGGAAAAGGAGAGCGAGAAUCACAAAAUAGAGAAAUAAAUUCCAAAGGGCGCAAUGGCGGCGCAUGCGCGAAAUCUCGGCGCGCUUUGACGCACGCGAUGGAGUCGUUGCGAAUACGAGCGCUCCGCUCUCUAACAUUUCUCCCGCGCGUUUUUCCCGUGCAUUUUUUCACGCGAACCUGUGUUGAAAUAUCGAGAUCAUUUAUUCAAGAGACGAGAACCGGCGCAUUAUGAGUGUGAGUUGAACGUUUCAUCAAGUUUUGCAACUUUUGAAUACGUGCGAGGUCGUUUCAAAGUGUUCGAACUUGUCGUUUAAUCCAGGUGACUACUUCAAGGAAUCGUUUAAUAAUGGCUACGGGAAGCAGUCAGGUAGAGUUACUCUGUACUCCACGGCGCGCCCAAAAAUGUCUCUUCGCAGCUGAAGGCGGUUCUUGCAGGAAGAAUUUAUCCCGGGGCUCGAGUUGUAACAGAAAUGCCGAGGUGACUUCGGGGGAAGAUUCGGAUUUGGGGCCGAUGUCGCCGCUGGCCCUUACCGACCAAAGCCCCAGCAGCUGCGAGAGUUCCCCGGGCAGGGAUUUCGUCUCUCCAUUUGCGACACCCGAGAAAUCCCCGUCGUUACCUGUCACAUCCUUAUCCUGGGAUCGUUUAAUGCCGAACAGAAGCGUGGAAGAUUCCGCGUCGCUGUUCAGCUCGCUGAAGAAGCUCAGCCGAGCAGCUCGAUACUCACCGAAGUGUAACACGGUGAUGAAGAACCUCGUUAAAUCCGCGUCGGCUUCUCCGAUCAAACGGACUGGGGAAGCAUCGACGUCCGAAGGAUCGGACGCGACUGCCACCGAGGAAGUAAUUCCGGAGACGCCUCAGCAAAGCUUCUCCGAAAUCCAGAGCAUCACAGAGACACCACGAAAGAGCGGAACUCCCGGACUGAUCACCCCCUUAGGCUCCAUAACGAAAUCAGUGCUGUUGCCGAAGCUGCACAGACGGAAGUCUCUCGGCAUGCUCGAAGCUAGCGAGAACAUCUCUCCUAAGCAGAAGGAGAACUCGUUGAAGAGGCUGGCGCGCGAUCAACUGGCGGUGACUCCGGCGAAGCUCUUCAAGACGGACGACUCUCUGGCGCCCCGAGCGCGCGCGGCGUUGUUUCAGGAGAAGAAGAACGAGUCGCCCUUGAAUAACAUCUCGUUGAGCACGAAAAUGUUCUACAGCAGCAGCAGCGAGUCCAAGCGGCCUUUUGCCUUCUACAAUUUCAGGGAUGACGAGAUUAAGAAGAGGCGAAGUUUGCCGGCGUAUAGAAACGGCAGACACUCGUUGAAGAGACAAAGAUUCGGCAUGAUCAAUGCUGGUGUGUUUCACGGCAUCAAGAAACCGAAAUCCAAGGUUAACACGAAGGUGUUGAAGAAAGAGGGCCAAGCGCAGAAUUCCGCAGACGAGAACAAGGAGAACAAGGAGAACGCGAGUCCAACUGUGAAACGAGCUCAACCGGUGGUGGAGGAGAAGAGCAAGGAGAGAGGAAGUCCUCCUCUGCCGGAGGUCGACGAGAAGAAGCGGUUCUUCCGGAGCAUCAAGCCGACUCAGGCCGCUACGGUGACCGUAAACGAGAAGAUCAAGCUGAAGGUUGAGGACGGUAAAAUCCUGCUGAGCCAAAAGUACGGUUGCUCCUCGGCCAAGCGACGAGCAAGAGCCACGGAUGUCUCUUACGACGUCACCGACCUCUCCGUGGACGAGCCGGGUGUCGAAGACACCUUGGGCGAGAACAAGGUCGCCAACAUCUUGAAGAUACUCGAGAACGACUGGGCGGACGACGAUUACGACACGAUGGACGCGUUAACCGUCAAUACCAAUGCCGUUUCCCCGUCGACGGCGACAAUCUUGCAAGACACGAUCAUGUCGCCAGCGAGCGAGCUCAGCAACAUGACUUCAACGAUGAACAUCAAGGACGCCUUCCUCGCGGACAAUACGGAGAACAACAACGACCCCGUGAGAACUAACAAGGAGGGGAAAUUCUUCCCGUUGUUCGCCAAAGGAUACGUCGCACCGGCUGACCAACUCGCCAAGGAUGCUGGGGGCAAAUCGGCGAAGAGGAACACCCAGUGGCAGCUGUCCAUGAAGAGCGGACAGGAUCAGUAUCAGCUGGACGCUGGCCAGAAACGUUUUGGGGCCACUCAGUGUCCAGAGUGCGGCGUGGUGUACCAGCUGGGCGACGGGGAGGACGAGAACGCCCACUUGAAUUAUCACAACAGCAUACGGACCUUAAAAUUUCAAGGAUGGAAAAACGAGCGUGUCAUGUACGAGGAUCCCUUCACGUCGAGCAGGAUAAUCCUGGUAGAACCGCACGAUCCUAAGCAAUAUUGGAAGAAAGUGUCGGAGAUUCUGACUGUAGUGGACAACGAUCUAGGAUUGGCGGACGUGCAGUUGUCGGGCUACGAGACAAAAAAGGUCUUCCUGUACAUACGCGAGAAGAGCGUCAUCGGAGUGUUGGUAGCGGAACACAUUAAAACGGCGUAUCGUAUGAUUCCCGAGCUGAUCGAAUUGGACUGCUGCACCGCGGAAAGCACGCCCACGAAGUGCGGAAUAAACGUGGUGUGGACUGCGAUGAGUCACCGCAGGCAAGGAAUAGCCACCAAGCUCGUCAACAUUUUGAGGGCGAAAUUCUUCUAUGGUUACGUGAUGUCGCUGGACGAUAUUGCGUUCUCAACACCAUCCCCGAGCGGCAAGAUCUUCGCCGAAAAAUACACGAAGACUCGGAACUUCAAGGUUUACAGCUAAAUCGCAGACUCUG